GCCUCCCGUGUGACUAUCGCUGCCCUUAUUGGCGGCGGCCUUCCCUCAAGCCAGCUCGCGUUCCGUUUAGAGCCUGGUUUAGUGUGCGUGGCUCUAUGCAAGGAGUGGCCUUGUCAAGCUAUCAGCUUUAGCAUCCGUGAAGCAACUAGCCCGUCUUAUCAGCUACCUCAGCUCCCCGCCGCCGCCGCUGUCGUCGUUGUCAUCGGCGUCGCGCCAUGGAGUCCGCGGAGGAGGCGGUCGUCGAUCUCUUCAGACUCGCUCCGGCGACUCUCGCCGAGCGAGCCGUCGCCAUUCGCCUCAUCUUCUGCGACUCCUUUCGCCGACUCCUCGCGAUCCUCCGCCACAGGCUGGUCAGCCGAGCUGCGAAGCUUCAGAAGUUCCUCGCGAGGCUCGUCCGCCAGGCGUGGACGAGCCUCAACCCGCGCAACCCCGGGGUCGUGCUGGGCACCGUCGUCCUCGGCGCGCUGGUCGUCCGGCGAUAUCGCCUGCGGUCGUUCAAGGCGGAGCUGGCUGUGCGACGCAAGUUCUGGGCGAAUCUGAUGGCGACGGCCCUCACGUACGACGAGUGGUCGCACGCCGCCGCCAUGCUCGAGAAGUACCAAGCGAGGCGCCGGGACUCGGAUCUGUACGACGAGGAUCUGGUGCGCGCGAAGCUGGGCGACUUGAGGCGGCGGCGGCUGGAGGGCGGCGUGGAGGGCAUCGUGUUCGCCAUGCGGUCCGACCUGCUGAGGAACCUGGGCAACAUGUGCAACCCCGACCUGCACAAGGGCCGCCUGCAGAUGCCGCGGCUGGUCCAGGAGUACAUAGAGGAGGUGCGCUACCACCUGCGCGCCGUGUGCGACUCGCACAGCGACGCCUUCCCGCUGGACGCCAAGCUCGCCUUCAUCCACGAGGUGCGCCACGCCUUCGGCCGCACGGCGCUGCUGCUGUCGGGGGGGGCGGCGCUGGGCGCGUUCCACCUGGGCGUGGUGCGCACGCUCAUCGAGCACCGCGUGCUGCCGCGUGUGCUGGCGGGCGCGUCCGUGGGGUCCAUCAUCUGCUCCUUCGUCGCCACGCGCACCGCGUCGGAGCUGGCGGCGUUCAGCGACGAGGGCAUGGGUAACCUCACCUUCUUCGAGAGCAUGGGGUCCCUCUUCGCCACAGCGCAGCGCCUGCUGACCAGAGGCGCCAUCGGCGAGAUCGGCAUGCUGCAGCGCCGCCUCCGGCAGCUCAUUGGCGACCUCACCUUCCAGGAGGCCUACGACCUCUCGGGCCGCGUGCUGGGCAUCCCGGUGUGCUCCAUGCGCCCCCAGGAGCCGCACCGCCUGCUGACGUAUCUGAGUGCGCCGCACGUAGUGAUCUGGAGCGCGGUGACAGCGUCGUGCGCCUUCCCGGGGCUGUUUGAGGCGCAGGAGCUCAUGGCCAAGGACAGCGCCGGCCGCAUCGUGCCCUUCCACAUGCCGUCAGAGGCGGGCCCAGAGGAGCCGCAGCCGGUGAAGCAGCGGGCGUGGCGGGACGGCAGUCUGGAGGCGGAUCUGCCGAUGCAGGAGCUGCGGGAGCAGUUCAACGUCAACCACUUCAUUGUCGCCCAGGCCAACCCCCACAUCGCCCCGCUGCUGCGCCUCAAAGCCGCCUGCCGCCUCUACGGGGGCGACUGGGCCGCCAAGGCGGCGCAGCUGGCGGAGAUGGAGCUGAAGCACCGCUGCCAGCAGGCGCUGGCGGUGGGGUGGCGCGUGGGCGGGCUGGCGAAGCUGUUUGCGCAGCCGUGGGAGGGGGACAUCACCAUCGUCAUGCACGCCACGCUUGCGCAGUUCGCGAAGAUCAUUCAGAACCCUACCCCCUCGGAGCUGCGCGCCGCCAUCCAGCAGGGGCGGCGCGGCACGUGGGAGCGGCUGAGCGCCAUCCGCGCGCACUGCGGCGUGGAGCUCAUGCUGGACGAGUGCGUCUCCAUCCUGCACCACCGCCGCCGCCACCUCGCCCUCGCUGCCCGCCCCCUCGCGCCCGCGUCCGCGCUUGGCCUUGCCGGGCGGACGCUGUCGCACCCGUCGCUGCCGUCCAUUGGCGCGGGGCACACGGACGAGCAGCGCAGGGCAGGUGCGCACGGGGGAGCAGCAGGGGGAGCAGGGGCUGCCGGCAUGGUGACAGGCCUGCCUGUGGCGGCAGGGCCGGGGCCAGGUGCGGCGUCGGGCGGUGCGGUGCCGGGCGGGGGGGCGUGCGGGUCGUUUGCGAAGCGCAUCCCCUCGUGGAACCAGUUCGCCCGCGCCGGCUCCUGGGGGUCGCUGGACGACGACGGGGGCGCCGCUGCACCGCCUGCCAUGGGGACAUCUGGCGCUGCAGGAUUGGCGGGUGGCCACGGGGCUGGAGGCAGUGGGUCAGCGGCGGUGGCGGGCGAGAGCAGCGACAGCGAUGGCGAGAGGGAGAGCGCUGCACUGGCGUGGAUGCGUGCAGGCGGGCCGCUGCUGCGCACGGCCUCCAGUGGGCGCGUGGUGGGGCUGGACGACAGGAUGGAGGGCGCCGUUGGGGAAAGGGGGGCAGGGCGGGGGGAGCAGGGAGGCGGUGACGAAAUGGCGGCACACUUUGACCCCACUGUUCUAAUACCCACAGGAUCCGCCAUGCCACUGGCCGCCCAUGGCGUGUACCUGCCGUUCCCCCCCACCCACGCCCCCCCCGCCCUGUCGCCGUCGUCCCCCUCGUUCCACGGCCACGGCUUCCUCUCCGACCUGCGCAACCACUUCUUCCCCUUGCCCUCGCUCCCCGCCUCCGCCGCUGCUGCCACCCACUUCCUCUUUGCGCCCAGCCCUGCUGCUGCUGGCAGCCUGCACGCGCCUGCCUUCCCUGGCGCUGCUCGGGCCGCCACUGCUGAGUUCCCUGGUAGCGGCGGCGGCGGCGGGGAGGAGGAGGAGGAGGGGCGCGUGGUGGGGCUGAUCCUGGAGAGCAGCAUGCACGGCGCGCCCAGCACCGCCGUGCGCGCCAACUCCAUGCCCUCAGUGCUGCACGGCGGCCACGUGUGUGCCGGCGUUCAGGGCGUGGGGAUGGGUAUGGGGAUGGGCAUUGGAGACGGGAUUGGGCAGGGUUUGGGCAUGGGCAUGGGGCAGGGCAUGGAGCACGCGGGAGGCAUGGCUGGGCCCAUGGUGAGGGCCAGAAGUGCCGGUGCAGUGGACGCAGGUGGGGUUGAUGCUGCGCAGCCUGCUGCCGCUGCUGCUGCGCCUGAUGCUCAUGCGCGCAUGCCACAGCAACAGCAGCAGCAGCAGGAGGGGCGUGUUGAUGGGUGUGGGCCACAGGAUGCACAGGUGAGCCUGAGGGAAGGAAUGGCAGGGGCAGCAGCAGGGUCGGCAGCAGCCGACGGCAGCAGUGCACGAAGUCCCGAGGGACUACACGGCGCGAGCAGGGAAGGAUCGCAUGGCACGUGCACCGCGGCAGCAGAGGCUGCUAGCACCGUGGCGCCAUCCGUUUGUGCGGCGCCCCUCGCAUCGCCUCCCUCUGAUCCAAGCAGCCCAUCCUCACACCCAGCCUCCCCUGCGUCCCCCGUCGCCAUCUCCCCAUCCUUCUCCGACUGGCGCCACCGGCAAUCCAACGCUGCCACCAGCACCAGCGCAGCUGCAUGCACCAAUGAGGGACGUUUGAUUGGCGGUGAGGCGGGAGUGGAGCAGGAGGAGAGCAGGGGGCCUGGGGCGAGUGCAGAGGGGAGUGGUGUGGGGGGGUCAGAGGAGCAGGUGACGGAGGAGAAGCACAUGGUGGACGGGCGGGCUGGGGACACAUGCUGAUAGGCUUCACUACCAUCCUCUGGGAAGAGGGCUCACUUGUAGCUAGUAUUUGUAUAUUGUAACAUCCUGCUUGCAAGUUUUCUCACGAGCCUUGUUACAGCUAGGUAUGUGAACGUACAACCAUGUCGGUGUAUACUUGUUGGAAAUUAUACAAGGACUUAGU